UCUGCCUCCCUCCACCCCCCGCAUUGUUCCCGGCCCGGCGGGCGGGAGGAGGAGCAGGGCCAAGGGCCAGCAUGCGGUAGGCGCCCCGUGCUGCAAGGCAGGCAGGAAGGCAGCGCUGGGAGCGUGCCGCCGGAACCGCUGGCAUGUUGGUCGUGCUGCUCGUCCGGGCUGCCUGUGUGUCCCUGCUCCUCCCGGGCGGGCAGGGCAGGGUGUACUCCGGGAGGAAGAAGCCGGCCAGCUUUGCCGUGGAGAGGCGCCACGUGGGGCCCCACAUCUGCUUCUCGGCUUUCGGCAGCGGAUGUUGCCCCGGUUGGAUGCUGGCUCCGGGCAGCGGGCAGUGCAUCCUGCCGCUCUGCUCCUUUGGCUGCGGCAGCGGCUUCUGCAUUGCACCCAACCUCUGCUCGUGCCCCGAUGGAGAGCGGGGCGUCACCUGCCCAGAGCCGCUAGGAAGCUGCGGGGAGUACGGCUGCGACCUCUCCUGUAACCACGGUGGGUGCCAGGAGGUGGCCCGCGUCUGUCCCCUCGGCUUCUCCAUGGUGGAGACGGACGCCGGCGUCCGCUGCAAUGACAUCAACGAGUGCCUGAGCGCUGCCUGCGAGGGGCUGUGCGUCAACACCGAGGGUGGCUUCGUCUGCGAGUGCGGCCCCGGCAUGCAGCUGGCCGCCAACCGCCACAGCUGCCAGGAUACUGACGAGUGCCUGGCCACGCCAUGCCAGCACCGCUGCAAGAACAGCAUGGGCAGCUACCGCUGCUCCUGCCGUCCUGGCUACCACCUCCAUGGGAACCAGCACACCUGCGUGGAUGUCAACGAGUGCCGGCAGCCGGGUGAGCGCCGUGCCUGCCAGCAUGCCUGCCACAACACACUGGGCAGCUUCCUCUGCUCCUGCCGGCCUGGCUACCGGCUCAGCAGGGACAGGGUGUCCUGCGAAGGCUUCCCCAAGGCCAUCCUGGCACCCUCGCCCAUCCUGCAGUCCUUGCAGCACUCCCCCACACAUAUCCUACUCCCUCCUGGAGCUGGGGGACCCCGCCUGCUCCCCUCUCCUCACCUUCCUGCCGCGGCACCAGGCACAUCCAUUCCUCCCUCCCCUCACGAUGCCAUUGAUCCGCCCCCUGGGACUCCCACAUCAGCUCCUCUCUGCUGGCAUCGUGGGGCUCCCCAGGAGCCAGGCGCUCGCUGGAAUGAGCCAGGGUGCCAGAGCUGCAGCUGCCAGGGAGGCCAAGUGCUGUGCGAGGCCAUCACCUGCCUCAUACCGUGCUCCCACCCUCUGCCCGCCCCGGCUGGAGGCUGCUGUCCCAGCUGCACAGGCUGCCUGAGCAACGGGGUGGCCCACACUGAGGGAGAAGUCUUCACUCCAUCAGAUGGAAACUGCACCAUCUGCAUGUGCCUGGCUGGCAAUAUCUCCUGCAUCUCCCCCGAGUGCCCCCCAGGCUCCUGCCCCAGCGCCUCACCCCCCAACUGCUGCUCCUGCCAGCCAGGUGGGGUCCUGCCAGAGAUUGAGUGGCUGUGGGUGGCUCUGCCACACGCAUGGGGUCCUGUGGGCUCAGCUCCCCAUCUCAGCCCUCGUUGCCUCCCUCCUGCCCAGCAAAAUGUAGCUUCCAUGGCCAGACCUACGCACACGGAGCCCGCUUCAGCUUGGAUGGGGAUGAGUGCACUACCUGUGUCUGCCGGGUGGGUCCGGGGCACUUCUUAUUGUCCCGUGAGUGGCACAGAGCUGCUGAGUGAUGCUCCCUUCUCCCCACAGAACGGAGAGGUGGAGUGCUCUUUUGCCCCGUGCCCAGUGCUGGACUGUCCCCAGCACCAGAGGCAGCUGCAGCCCGGGCAGUGCUGCUUCAGCUGCAAGGACCCCUCGCGCCCCUCGGGCUGCUUCGUGGAUGACAAUGGGGUAGAGUUUCCCAUUGGACAGAUUUGGUCUCCAGGUGAUCCCUGUGAGUUAUGCGUAUGCCAGGCUGAUGGCUCGGUGAGCUGCAAGCGGACAGAUUGCGUGGAGACGUGCCCCUACCCCAUCCACAUCCCGGGGCAGUGCUGCCCCGACUGCUCAGCAGGAUGCACCUACAUGGGGCGGAUCUUCUACAACAACGAGACCUUCCCGUCACUCCUGGACCCCUGCCUCAGCUGCAUCUGCCUGCUGGGCUCAGUGGCCUGCUCGCCCGUGGACUGCGCCAUCUUCUGCACCUACCCCUUCCACCCCGAGGGCGAGUGCUGCCCUGUCUGUAAAGACUGCAACUAUGAGGGCAGGAAAGUGGUGAAUGGGCAAAGCUUCAGCCCCGAGGGCCGGCCCUGCAUCCGCUGUACCUGCCAGCUCGGGGAGGUGAGCUGCGAGGAGAGGCCGUGUCCUCAGUCCUGCACUGAGCCCACUGCCUGCUGCCCACGUUGCCAAGCAGACAGCCUUCUGCAGAGCAGUGACACAUCUCCACUUCUGUCCCCAUCCCCAACCCCACAGCCAUCAUCCCUGUCUUCAUCUCCAUCCCCAUCUCCAUCCCCAUCCUUGUCCCCAUCACCAUCCCAUGAGGGCACACCCCAGACCCCCCGCCACCGCCUGGCCCAGGUCCUGCUCCACACCAACCCCCUCAGCCCUUCUCUGGGGGGGGAGCCCCCUCCCAACACCCCAAGCCCCCCAUUGGGCUGCCCUGGUAAGGCCACAGGAUCCCCAGCCCUCAGCAGCAGCCCCAGCUCAAGGCAGGACGCUCAGGAACAGCCUGGGGACGCGGACAUGGACACAUAGAAUCACCCACACCUGGA